CAGUCUCUCGCUCUCAGAGUCUGAGAGAUCAAUUCGUAAACAAUCAACAUGGCAGCGGUAAGACCAAGAAACGUUUGUGUCGUCGGCGCUGGUAUUAUUGGGCUCUCAUCAGCUGUUAAUAUAAUUGAAACAAUUCCAAAUGUAGAGGUAACAUUGAUAGCUCAACAUUUUGCUGCUGAUGUUACAUCCAGUGUAUCUGGCGGCUUGUGGAAUCCCCGAGACGUCCCUCUCAAUACAACACCAGUCAAGCUACUUCAGAAAUGGAGCAGAGACACCUGGAAUCAUAGUAUUCCUUUAGCUUUGAGUCCAGAAGCUACCAAAUUUGGAAUAGAGUUCCUUCCAGGCUACCGCUUGUAUCCUGAGAAAAUUAAGGAAGAAGAGGACCCAUGGUGGAAAGAUGAUGUCAUAGGAUACAGAAGAGUUCCUCAAAAAGAAAUAAAACAACUCUUUGCGCCAACAUUUCAUGAUGGCUAUUCCUACAUGACUAUUAUCACCAAUUGUCUAAUCUACCUGCCAUAUCUUAUGAAACGCUUUCUACAAAAGGGUGGCAAAGUUGUACAGAGGAAGGUUGGCAGUUUAGGGGAGUUUGCAGGCGUGUAUGAUGUUGUAGUGAACUGCUCCGGAUUAGGAGCCAAGUUUCUGGUGCAAGAUGACACAGUGGAACCAGCAAGAGGUCAAAUUAUUCGAGUUCGAGCUCCAAUGCAACAUUUCUUUGUUCUGUACACACUCAAGUCUGGGAUGAAAGGAUGGGGUGAUAGAUCAUUCUAUGUGUUUCCAAGGAAUGGUCAGGUGAUCUUAGGAGGGACAAUACAAAAAGGAAGAUGGGAUACAACACCAGACCCAGAAGAUGCUAAAUAUAUCUUGGAUAUAACCUCAAAAGUCCUUCCAAAUCUUAAGGGAAGUGAGGUGGUGAAACAUCUUGUUGGACUAAGACCAACUCGCUCAGAAGGUAUUAGACUAGAGGCUGAAUCUAUGAACUUUGGCGCAAUCAAUCUAGAGGUUGUUCAUAACUAUGGCCACGAGGGCAAUGGCGUAACGCUCCACUGGGGAUGUGCAAAACAAGCGACUCAACUUGUACAAAAGAUACUAGGAAGAUCAUCAAUGACACAAUCAAGAUUGUAAACAAGUUCAGAGGUUACUCCCUCCAAGAGCAAUCUGUGUACAGUACUACAGAUACCAGCUCGCCAUUUUUAUGGGAACUCAUCAGAGAACAAGCGGCAUUGUGAAUGAGAUCAUCAAAUGAUACUGUAAUGUAUUAAAACUAAUGAAACUAUGCAAUUGUUCAUAAUCAGUAUAGUAUAACAAGUAUCUUGCACAAUAUAUAAAUAUGUAUAUAUUUUGUGAACCUUUUUAUUCUGUGUGAAAUCAAACUCAUGGUUGUAGUAUAUACAUUUUAAAAAAG